AUGUCUGAGGAGAGAUUUAAUGUUGUGGUCCACCAUGGUGGAACCCUGGUUACAGAUAUACCUUUUCGAUAUGUUGGUGGGGAAGUCACUAAUUGGAGUGUGGACCCAGACAAAUGGAGUUACUUUGAAGUGGUAGAUUCCGCUAAGGAGUUGGGUUAUAUUAAUGUGUCUGAAUUAUUUUAUAGCAUUGACCAUAUUUUGUAUAAGUUGUUCGAUGACAAAGAUGCAAUGAACAUGGUAGGCAUUGCCAAGAUUUUAGGGGAAGUUAACUUGUUUGUGGUGCACUCUAUGGAUGAGGAGCCAGACAUUAUUGUUGAAAGUGAAUUAAAUGAACCAGUGGAGGAUGAAGUUGUUGUGGGGGUGGAGGAUGAAGUGGUUGUGCAGGUGGAGGAGGAUGAGGAAAUGGCUGUGCAGGUGGAGGAUAUGGUUGAAGAGAACGUUGGGGUGGAGGAGGAGGAAGUUGUUAUUGAACAUCACGGGCAGGUGGAGGAAGAAGUUGUGAUUGAAGAAUUUAGUUCAAGUGAUGAUGUAGGGGUGGUGCAUGGUGAAGUGGAUGAAGGACUAGUUGAUGUUGAUGUUAAUAUUGAUGAAGGGGUACUACAUAACGACGUACAAGGGUCUGUGUCAGUAGAAUAUAGUGAGAAUGAAAGCAACUGUGAUUCAGACACAGAUGACAGUGGAGAUAUACAGAGAAACCCAAAGGACAGGGGGUUGUCUGAUGAUGACUGGGAAUCAGAAGCAUUGGAAAGUCCAGAAGAGAGUGGAAGUGAGGAUGGUGUUGAUGAAAGGCAAAGUUGUGGUCAAUUUGGGACGUAUGUUAAGCAAAAAAAUAUGUCAGAAUACAAGUGGGAAGUGGGAACAAAGUUCAAUGAUAAGAAUGAGUUUAUGGAGGCUGUUAGAAGUUAUGCCGUCCAUGCAGGGAGGAAUCUGAAGUUUCUUAAGAAUGACAAUAGAAGGGUUCGAGUGAGAUGCUUGGGUGCAGAAAAAAAAUGUCCAUGGAUGGCUUACUGUGGAUAUUUAGAAGGAUGUAGAACUUGGCAAAUGAGAAAAAUUUUGGAUACCCAUACCUGCAGUAGGCAAUUCAAUAUCAAAAUGAUGAAUGCAAAGUGGUUGAGUGAGACAUUAGAUACCACAUUACUUGAAAAUCCAAAUUUGAAGAUAACUGACAUACGGUCAAAAGCUUUGAGGAAAUGGAAUACAAAUGUCUCACUAUCUAAAGCUCGUAGGGCAAAAUUAAUGGCAUCAUGCAAACUUGAAGGUUCAUUCAAAGAUCAGUUCACAAGAAUUUUUUAUUAUGCACAUGAAUUAUUAAGAAGUAACCCGGGAUCAACCGUCAAAGUUAAAGUGGAUAGUGAACAUGGUCCAACCACCUUCCAAAGGCCCUUUAUUGGUUUGGAUGGAUAUUUCCUAAAAGGAAAGUACAAGGGGGAGUUAUUAACAGUUGUUGCUAGAGAUCCUAAUGAGCAGAUGUUACCUCUGACAUAUGCAAUUGUGGAAGUAAAAAACAAAGAAACUUGGUCUUGGUUUUUGGAAUUGUUGAUAGAAGUCCUUAGGGACACUGAAGUAAUGGAUGCAUUCACUUUUAUGUCUGACCAACAAAAGGGUUUGCAGCUAGCAUUGGAAGCACUUUUACCUAAGGCAGAGCAUAGAUUUUGCAUGAGACACUUAUAUGCAAAUUUCAGAAAAAAGUUCAGAGGGCACACCUUGAAGACACUGAUGUGGAAGGCUGCUACUAGUACCUACCCCCAAGCUUGGGAAAGAGAAAUGUUGAAUAUGAAAGAGGUCAAUGUAGAAGCUUACAAACACCUUAUUGUUAUUCCCCCAAGGUAUUGGUCUAGAUCUAGAUUUACAGGUCGAGCAGUAACUGAUACACUAGUCAAUAACAUGAGUGAAGCUUUUAAUAGUGUUAUUGUUGAUGCUAGAGGAAAGCCCAUUGUAACCAUGCUAGAGGAAAUUAGAUGA